CUAAGUCGAGUCCUUCCUAAUCUUUCCUCUCUUCUUACAACUUGUAAGAGAGAGAGAGAGAGAGAGAGAGAUGGAAAUGGCCGAAUCGGAGGAGGGAAGGUCGAACUGGCUCGAGAAAGUGAUCUUUAUCCUAUCAGGACAGAGUAACAUGGCUGGCCGAGGAGGCGUAACCAAGUCAAAGAAGUGGGACCGGGUCGUUCCCCCUGAAUGCAUUCCCAGCCCUUCCAUCCUCCGGUUCACCGCCCGGUCUACCUGGGAAGAGGCCUCAGACCCCCUCCAUGCCGACAUUGACACGCACAAGACUUGCGGCGUCGGUCCAGGUAUGCCCUUCGCUAACGCUCUUCGGGCCCAUCGUCCGACCAUUGGGAUUGUGGGUCUCGUCCCUUGUGCGGUGGGCGGUACGGCGAUCAAGGAGUGGGAGCGGGGAUCGCAUCUGUACGAGAAUAUGGUGAGAAGGGCCAAAGAGUCAGUGAAAGGUGGUGGAGAGAUCAGGGCCCUUCUUUGGUAUCAGGGAGAGAGUGACACGGGAUCUCAACACGCGGCCGAGUCUUACAAAUCCCACAUGGAGAAACUCAUACAGGACGUCCGUUCAGAUCUUCAACUGCCCUCACUUCCUAUUAUUCAGGUGGCUAUUGCAUCUGGAGAUGGGCGUUUUAUAGAGAAGGUGAGAGAAGAGCAGCUGGGAAUCAAUCUCCCAAACGUUACAUGCGUGGAUGCCAAGGGAUUGCCGCUCAAGGAAGAUCACCUGCACCUUACCACAGAGGCUCAGAUCAAGCUAGGUAACAUGCUGUGUGAUGCCUACAUAAUGUACUUCGCCUCUUCUUGCCACUGAGAUGGAAAGGGCCAUGGCUCAGAAGGUCUGUCCAAGCCCAGCUUCCCAGCUCACAUGCCAAGCCUCCAUCCCUGGAUGGUCUCGGGGCUAUGUGUUGGGCCUUCAAUUUCAGCCCAAAGCAGGUGCACUUUUACUGCUGUUUGCAGGUGUUCAUGUUACUCUUUUAUCUUUUCUCUCCUUCUAAUAGGCUUUCAUUGUGGGGCCAUUUCCAUCCAUGUCAGAUUGACACGGCUUGAUCCAUCGUCUAUUUGGCAGAAUUGCAGGGUCCUUCUCCCUGCCAAACCUACUGUUUGCUAUGACAUGUUGGUUAAUGUUCUUGUUUUUAUAAUGGAAUUAUCCUCUUAACGAUCCAA